GUUCACUUUACCCGUUAAUUUUAAAUUAGUUCUCAUCACAUUAAACGUUAUCAGGGUGAUUAUAAAUACUGCACUCAUUGUAGAUGUUGGUCAUUUGAUAAGACGCUGUCGAGAAGACAGCGUUUUUAAUUGAAACAGUAUUAAUAGUUUGAUAUAUUUGUUUUAGUUUUAGUAAAAAUGUGUGUUAAAUUAAGUGCUGUACUAAUCCAGACGAUUUUAUUCUUAAUUAUAAAUGUAAGCAACAUUUCAGAAGCCCAAGAUCAUCGAUAUGCCAGAUAUUUUGCACAAAGAAACCACCGUGCUCUGCAGGUUCCGUCCCACUUCAAGGACACAGUGUCCCUAAAAGUGUACUACGAGAGCCAUUGCCCCGGCAGCGUGAAGUUCUUCAAGGAGCAACUAGCUCCGUCACUGGAGCGGUUGGGACGGCAUCUGGACGUUCAUAUGAUACCGUAUGGACAUGCAAAGACUGAUUACGAAAACGGGCGCUACACGUUCGAAUGCCAGCACGGCGAUAUAGAGUGCUACGGGAACAUGUUGCACGCCUGUGCUAUAGAGGUCGCACAGAACAACACCAAAGCCGCGCUGUUCAACGCCUGCAUCAUGGAGCGAACGAACGAUUACAACACGCUCAACUACCUCGUCAACUCGUGUGGCUACCAGUACAAUAUUUCCGCAAACGCUAUAUGGGAGACUAUGAACACUGGCAGAGCCGCAAUACUCCUAAAGGGCUACGGGGACGAAACUCAUGCCCUACGACCUCGCUACGUGCCCUACGUUGUGCUCGACGGGGCCGUCGCGGACUCCGUCACGACCAACCACCUCGGCUACUUCGCUUGUAGACUGCUCAACCCAAGACUGAGUGCUUGUGAUACUGUGAUAUAUCGGUCAAACAAAUUCAUUAUGAUUUUGAAGUGUUUAUUUAGUUUGUUGGCUAUUAGUUUUGCUUACAGCACCUAUAUUGAUCCGGGAAAUAAUGCCAUUGAAUUAUACGCGCACCAUAACUAUGAAAGUUUACAGAUUAACAAAAGUGGAGACAAAGUUGAUGUCAGAUUAUACUACGAGUGUAUGUGUCCAUAUUGCAUAGACUUUUACACAAACACUUUAACCAAAACAGUAGAGAAACUUGGAGCAUACAUAGAUCUUAAAACAUAUCCUUAUGGAAACGCAAAGAGGAAGGAAGAAAACGGAAAGACCGUUAUCGAGUGCCAGCACGGCGAGGACGAGUGUUACGGUAACAAGCUGCACGCAUGCGCUAUCGACCUACUCAAGAAUACUACUCGGUCCGUGGCUUACAUCUCUUGUAUGAUGUCAGGACAGUGGCAAGAUGCUGGUUCAAAUGAUAAAGGCGCUAAUAGAUGCGGUAAAAAAAUGGGAAUCAAUGCAAAGGAGAUCAUCAAAUGUGCUAAAGGUAAAAAAGGCGAGGAACUACUAGAAUAUUACGGUGAAGAAACCGAAAAAGAUGUUCCGGACAGGGAUGGUGUGCCUUGGUCGCUAAUAAAUGGCAAAUAUGUCAACGGUGAACUUGACAAAUGGCUAGCAACAAUCUGUGCUGCUUUAGACCAACCACCUCCACAGUGUAAAAAAAUGUGAACUAAGGUCUGGAAGAGAUCCAUUAAGGAGAUAAACUUACUUUAUUAUUAAUUUAUAUGAAUCAACACAUAAUUAUUUUACAAUUGUGAAAUACAUUGUUUUGGGCUAAAUUUUAUUUAAGUUAUUAUGGUAUUAAUCAAAAAGAUUUAAUAAUUUCAGAGGUGUUUGUAAUAUUGUUUAUUAUGUAUUAUAAUGACUUUAAAAAAACAGUGUAUUCUUUCGAUCCUGAAUAUGUCAACGCCAGAUAUCCUAUUAUAAAAUGUUGGUUUUUCAAAACAUAAACUUAAUGUUGAUAUGCUUCAGUUGAAUAUUUAUAGAAUUGUCAGAAUUGUGUUGACAGAGUUGUAUGAACGGUUAAGAAUAAAUUAACAGUUUAAAAAACACUAGAAAAACACGCUUUUUGUCGCAAGUUGAGCAAAGAAUAAUUCCCUUCGUUAAAAUCAUUAAAUUAAGCUGUGCAUUUGCGCAAUAUGCAUUUCGCGGCCAAGGUGUUCUUUUUGCUCAGGAUAUAUUUGAGAUAACUGUAAAACUUCUAAGUCAAUACAUAAUAGGUUUAUUAUAAGCUUGAAACCUGAUCGUGUUCAAGUCCAUUACGUGACCUUUCUCACAAGUGUCAACACGACUAUGAUACGAUAUUCCAUCAUGGAAUGCCAGUGCCUAUCUUCCGGCUUCAUCAUCAGACCUUGAAACCCAAUCGUGGUCAAAGUUCAUUACAAGACUUUUCUAUCAAAUCCAAACACAGCUAUGAUACGAUGUUCCAUCAUAAAGUUCCAGUUCAAAUCUUCCGGCUCCAUCGUCAGAUCAGUUCGACAGUACCAUAUUAUUGUAUUGUCAUCAGAACUACAUACAGCUGCCAAUUUUCAUGACGCUACGAUCCUUGGAAGAUGGUUAAAUUAGUUACCUUAGAUUCCAUUACAUAGUUACAUACAGGUCGACCUAAUAAAAGCGUGUUAAAAAUUGGCAAAUGAGAAGCCACACUGAACUCAUGCAUUAUUGAAAAAAAUGCGUGGGGACCUCUAGAUGGCUGGUGGUGCCUAGGGGGAACCAUAAACGGUAGCCGAACUUUUAGGUAUGCUACAACCUUUAGUGCUAAUAAUAGACUACAGACUAGCACGACCGAAGACUUUGCUCAACUGGAAUGCGCGAGGCUCUUAGCCUAUCUUUUCCCAUUUUUAGUCACCUCUUAAAUUAGGUCAUUAUGAACUCGUUUGCUACGUGUAAGCAAAAGACCAAACUUUCUCCAAUUGCGAUAGCAUAGGCGUGUAAAGCGCCUUUUAAAUAAUUACAGCAACACAGUAGAUUUGAAGCAAGGAUUUUAUUUACGUUGGUUUUGCUACGUAAGUACUCUAGAUUAAGAGAUCGAUAUAUUGUCACAAUACUUAGAAAUUAAACAUAUUUACCGGUAAGAUUUUAUGUUUGAUUAGGCUUAUUUAAUUCAGAAAUAUCCUUAACUUCAUUAGUUAAGUUUUUGUAUCAUCAGUUUUAUUUGUAUAAUGCUUUAAAAACAUGCAAUAGAUUUCAAAUGUGAAAUAGGUCCUUAAUAAUCCUAUAUAUUAUUUUACUUAUGAUUAAUAAUAAAACAUGGUUUAAAUAGGAAUAAUUCUUAGAAAACGAAUUCCCCUGCCGGACAGAAAAAUUCCCGUACCCGCAUCGAAUUUUCAAACUAAAAUUACUUUCAAAAGUUUAUGAGGAUGUGUACCGUGAGAGUAAUACCAAUUAUCACAUUACAUUUUACUGUAUUAAAUAAACAUUCCAAAAUUCCAUAGAAAUGAGAUUUUUAUUUUAUUAAAUUGCUCGUUUGGUGAAAUUGACCCAAAUUCUUUUUUUUAAGCGCGCGAUAAAUCUUCAACGAGUGUCAAAUUUAAAAAAUUAGAUGCAUAUACAUAUAUUUAAUAUAUACCCAUUAGCAAUCUAAAUAAGA